GCUGGCCAUCUUUAUAAACGUAAACAAACCAAGCGCACGAAAGAGCCGCAAAAUUUAUUACUCUUGGUUUUCGCAUAGUAUUAUGCGACUAGAAGAAAAAUGAGUGACAAAGAGGCGUCCUAUGGAACAAACCUGUCACAGGAGUCGAUCAAAGUGAUCGCCGAGAGCAUAGGUAUAGCGAAUUUGCCGGAAGAAGCAGCCAGAGAAUUGGCCGAUGAAGUUUCAUAUCGAUUAAAACUGGUCAUGCAGGAUGCGGCAAAAUUCAUGCACCACGGAAAAAGAUCAAAACUCUCUACCUCGGACAUUGAUUACGCACUGAAAAUUAAAAAUAUCGAGCCUGUGUAUGGGUUUAAUUCUGCUGAUGGAAUUCCAUUCAGAUUUGCGUCUGGUGGAGGCCGAGAACUUCAUUUCCAAGACGAAAAAGAGCUCGAUUUAACGGAGCUGACGAACGUUGCCUUGCCAAAGAUGCCGAUGGAUGCUAGUUUAAGGGCUCACUGGCUGUGCAUCGAUGGCGUCCAGCCAACCAUUCCUGAAAAUCCACCACCAGUUGCUAAAGAAGUUCAAAAAUUAGAAAGCAUUGAUCCCGCAGGUGCUUCAAAUAAAAAAGAUAAAGGCGAUAUGGCUGGAAAGCCUGUUGGAAAAGUCCACAAACUUCGAAAUGUCGAGACUGUCCAUGUUAAACAGUUGGCAACUCACGAAUUGUCGGUUGAGCAGCAACUUUACUACAAGGAAAUUACAGAGGCCUGUGUAGGGUCAGACGAAGCACGUCGAGCGGAAGCAUUGCAAAGUUUAUCGUCAGAUCCAGGUUUGCAUGAGAUGCUGCCUCGGAUGUGCACAUUUAUUGCCGAAGGUGUCCGAGUCAACGUGGUGCAAAACAACCUUGCUUUGUUAAUUUACCUUAUGCGAAUGGUGAAAGCACUUCUUGACAAUCAGUCCCUGUACCUUGAAAAAUAUCUCCACGAGUUGAUCCCGUCUGUGACGACGUGUAUUGUCAGCAAGCAAUUAUGUAUGAGGCCAGAGCAAGACAACCACUGGGCUCUGAGAGAUUUUGCCUCAAGACUUAUGGCCCAGAUCUGCAAAAACUUCAACACCUCCACAAACAAUAUUCAGACAAGAAUAACAAGAUUAUUCAGCAGAGCACUCAGCAGUGAUAAAACUCCUCUAGCUUCACUUUAUGGGGCAAUCGAAGGAUUAUCCGAACUUGGUGCCGAGGUUGUUAAAGUUUUUCUCUUGCCUAAGAUAAAAAUUGUAUCGGACCGUGUUGAGGCACACAUGGGAAUCAGCAAUGCUGACAAAAUUGCCGCAGAGCACAUAAAAGUACUAAUGGUGAAAACGCUGGUGCCUCAUUUGAAAACUGUGCGCUCUGGACCUGACUAUAUAGAAGACUACAGGCAAGAAUAUGGCUAUCUGGGAAGCAGUUUACAUGCAGGGAUGCUUAAAGCUCGCCAGCAGCCCCAGUCAGCGACUCAAGCAAGAUCUCAGUCAACGUCAAUUAUUCAGCCCACUACCCAAGGUAGAACCUUUGUGGUCGGAAGCUCGGGGACCAUCCGCUCAGUGACGCAGAGCAGCGUAACACCGAAAUACGUGAUGGUGCAAUCUCAGGCUUCUGCCCCUACUGUGGUAAAAAUCAAUCCAGCACAGCAGGGAGCAAACUUUGUAAGUUUCUCUGAUCAUGUGUUAAUAUUCCACUUCAUCUUUGAUCCUCAUUGUCAGUAUCUUAUCUUUAUCUAUCUUUGAAUGUAAUAAUUUUUGUAGGAAUCCACAUGUCUAUUGGAUUUGAUGGAUUUUGUUGAUUGGUAUUUAGUUCAAUUGUUUAUUUCAUAUUUCUUGACUACUUCUUUGCAACAAUUUUAAAAUCAAUUUG